UCCACUGUACCAAAAGAGAAGCAAAUAGUGUGCAAGUGAGAUGAGUUGUAUUACCAAACGGUUUUUAGAUUGGUACGUUUGCUUGCUUUAGCAGCUCCAUCUGUCCGUUGACCAAUAAAAACCAAACGUAGCUGUAUGUGCGAUGGCGAUGUGUGGAUUUUUUCGUUGGUUGGUGAUAUUUUUUGAUCAUAAAACAAUUGCAAAUUGAAACACAAGUUGUUUGUGUAAAAUAUAGCUAUCACAGCGUCCAGUGGAUACGUUGUGGAGCUUUCAGAAAGUGCUAGAAAAAUAAGGAAUUGUGUGAUAUGGAGGAGAGUACGGAGCCCCACAUGGAAACCGACGUGUCCUCGACGACAGAGGAUGUCCCCGAGUCUCAGGAGGUGACUGGCUCCGACGGCAACGUCGAGAUGAUCAUAGUAGUGGAGAAAACGGAUGAGGAGUCUGAUGGCAACGAUGAGAGCGAGAAGCAGGCAGCCCCAGCUGAAGAGACUAGUGGCAAUGUGUCAACACCAACAGAAGAAGCUCUACCAGUAGUGGAACAAGUAAACAAGUCUCCUGUAAAGUCUCCAACUAAAGAUAAGGUUGUUACAACCCCAAGCGAUGCUGUUCCUGAUGUUGUGAUGAUUGUAGAAUCAGAACCACAGAAAAACAAUGCUGUUGAGCCUUUUGUUGAAAUACAGCUGGUUGAAGUAGCAGAUUCCUCUGUAAAGGAUCCUACUACAACUGCUGGUGAAGACAAACCAGCACCGGUACAAAAUUGCCUUGAAAAAGUUGAACUGAAGCCUGUCCAAAACUCACCAAUAAAGGAAUUGAAAGCACAGGGCUCAGCUAAAUCAUCACCAGUAAAGGAAUUAGUGAUUGAGAAGGUCCCAGUCAAUGGAAAGUUUCAAUGCAUUGACAGUAACAAAAUAGAUGAAGGUAGCAAUGAAAGUGUAGUAAUUAUCACCCCUAUGGAUGUUACUAUAGAUAUAGAUGCAUCAAAUGAUUCUCAAAAUGAUUCACUGUUGGAUGUGUCAGAGAAAGAACACAACAAAAGCAUAAGUAGAGAAUUGAAAUCUCUUAUAAAUUCUGCCAAGGAAUCUAAAAUAAUCAGUGAAUGCACUCAACUAACAAGUAAGACUAGGAAAUCUAGGGCAGCCCUGGAUACAUCAAGUUCCAGUCUAAAUGCAUCCUUAACAGAGCCCAAUAAGAUAUUGGACGGCAGAAGAAAUAGCAGUAACUCACAAAAGAGCAACUGCAGUGAGAAAUCAGAUAAGGUAACACUAAAAAGGUCUAUGAGGUCACAAAACCCAGAAUUUGUGAGCAAAGUAAAACAGUUCCUGAACUCUGUUACUGGGAAAUGUAAAGAUGAGGACUAUCUCCUAGAAGAUGAACCUGAAGAAAAGGUUGUGAAGGAAAAACAUGAGCCUGUUGAGCCAUGUAGAGGAACCCCACCAAAAAUUAAAAAGACUGACUAUGUAUUUGGAGAGAAAGGCAACAAACUGCGGAUGGAUUCCUACUGCUGGAGAUGUCAUUGGCCGGCAGAGCAGGCCACCAAUGAGAAGAUGCACCCUCCAAUGCAAUGUACAGUCUGUCCAAGAUCAUUCCACUACAAAUGCCUGACUACGACAGAGCGAAGCAAGAUAUGUCCAGAAAAGAGUUGGGUUUGUCCAGAAUGUAUGACAGUAUUACAAGCAGAGAGUUCAGAGACCAGAUCACCAGCAAUGAAAAAGAUAUCCCUUGGAAUGCUUUGUGAUCUAUUGAAGCAUGCAUUGGAAAGAAUGAUGGAUCUGAAUGGGGUGGAGCCAUUCUUGCAUCCUGUAGACAGAUCAGCGUUCCCCGACUACGAUAAAUACGUGGUGCACCCCAUGGACCUGUCCCUCAUGCAAGACAACAUCCGGGACGGUCUCUACGGAAGCACGGAGGCAUUCCUCGCUGACGUGCAGUGGAUACUACACAACAGUAUCAUAUUCAACACAUGUCAGCAUUUACAAUCGAAGCUGACGGCGGGCGCGCGCGCGCUGGUGCGCUCGUGCCGCGCGGAGAUGGGCGAGAUCGAGGCGUGUCCCGAGUGCUACGCGGCGGCGCACGCGCGCAGGCCCACCUGGUUCACCGACGUCUGCUCCACGCCGCACGUGCUGCUCUGGGCCAAGCUCAAAGGGUUUCCCUACUGGCCCGCCAAAGGCAUGUCGGUAAACAGCACUGGUCUGGUGGACGUGCGUUUCUUCGGCGCUCACGACCGCGCCUGGGUGCCCGCCAAGGACUGCUUCCUCUACUCAGAGAAGGACCCCAACGCCUUCCGGACCAAGCGACAGGACAUUAUCGAGAGUAUGAAGGAAGCUGAGCAACAUAUUUGCAACAUAUCAAAGAAGUUUGGGAAGUUCGUGUACCCUCCGUUCAAGACGCCAUUUGAUCCGAGAGAACUUACUGCGCAACUUAAACUUAUGAUACCGUCAUUCGAAGGCGAUGUGAGGUCGCUCGUAAAGGACAAGACUUCGCCGGCCGCCGUCAAGGAGAAAAGCAGGUCUAACUCCAAAAGUUCCAAGUGUUCUUUUAAUGACGGCGAUAUUAGCGAGAAUGAAGAUACUCUCAUAACAGCGGCACGUAAAAUGGCGGACGGUGCCGAAAUAGCUAAACUUGACGAGGAAGAUUCUAAUAAUGACAAAGAUGUCAUGGACCUUGAUAUUAUACCACAAAAUAAACUUAAGGAUGAAUCUGCAGCGAGCGCGAGAAAGCGUCGUCGCUCUGAGCUCGAAGAGGCCAUCAUAACAGUAAUAGAGACCAGUGGCAGCUGCGGCAUUAUAGCUGCCGAGAAACGACCGCGACUCGACGAUAGUGCAGACUCCAAGCCUGAUGAGGCUAGCAAAGAGGUUGAGGAAAUACUUCAGGUUAUCGAAAUACCUAAAUCGGAUAGUGAUGAGGCACCCGGCAGUACUGAGGACUCCGCUCCCACCACAGACAGCGAACCUUCCAGUAGCACAGAGAAAGAAAAGAUCCAAAGAGUCACCCCCAUCAGAAUAGCGCUCGUAGCGAAAGACAAACGACACACGAGAAGGUCUAGCUCUUGCAAAGAACCUACGGCUAAAAUAAUCACCCCAUCGAAAGACGAAAAACUCACUCCACUGAGGCCGAAAUCUUCAAGGACAGAGAAAAAUGAAAAGUUGUCGUCUAGUAAAAUAGAAAAAACUGAAAAACCUCACAAAACAGACAAAGCAGAAAAAUCGCUUACAAAAAGCGAAAAAGUUGAAAAGCAAACUUCAAAACCUGACAAAAAUGAAAAAAUAUCCAACUUAAAAGUCGAAAAAGUUGAAAAAACACCGACUGAGAGAAUUCCCAGAGAAGAUAGGUCGAGAUCUGAGAAACGAAGAAACUCUAGAAGUAAUAGGUCAUUGAAUAGCAGCGCCACGAGAUCCUCAGAUAAACAAUCUGAAAAGAAAUCAGACAGGAGUACUGAAUCAAAUAAAGUUAAGGAUAGCACAACAAGCAAAGAUAAAGGUGAACCUGACAAGACUAGACUGGAUAAACAAUUGUCGCCGAAACCUCUUGCAGAAUCACAAAGCCCCAGAUCUGUUAAAGACCGUUUGCAAUUCGAUGACGACACUACAUUAGCAGUGAUCGCCCGCGAGGCCGGCAAGUCAGUCACGACAGAAAACCACACAGGUCUUCCCACUAUUACUAGUGUUCGUAGCUUAUCCACUACCGCAAACAAUGCCAACACAACUAUCACUAAAACGAAUACUGCCGCAAAGCCAGUGGAUAUCAUGCUAGAACCGAACUCAGAAUCAAGUAUCUUCAUACCUGCAAGUACCGACAAUGUCUCCAACAUGCAGGAUGCGGUGUCGCAACUGCAGAGGCUAAGAAACGACGCCGAACCGGCCAAGAACCAGUCAGUAGGUCGGGUCGGUGUACGGGCUUUCGCAAGAAUGACGUCACCAGACAAACAGAAGAAAGACGACAUUCAGGUGGAGAUAAAAUCUGAACCUAUCGAACUGGAUGAUGCGGACAGACAUAUGGAGAAGAUGGAUCUCAUGAACGCGUUUAAGUUAAGGCCGGUGAACCCGCCGAAUCCACCGUCGAACUUACGCGAGGUACGAAUAAACUUCAACAAGGUCGUGUUGACGUCGAUAAAUCCGACUCGGAAGGCGCCGACCAAGCCGCCGGAGGUUCGUCCGCGGGCUAAGAAGACGUUCCCUCAGCCUAAGAAGCCGGACGACGGUCGCUCGGAGCUCAACAGCAAGAACUCGAUGGUGUACAUCCCUAUCCAGCCCCCCGCCACGCAGGCGCCCGUGCGGCUGCCGCGACCCUCGCACACCGCGCAGAUCACGCUCAGGCCGCCCGCGCCCGUGUCUUCCGCUGCCAACAACCUAGUAAACACCGUAACGACACCGCUGAUGCAAGCCAAGAUCUCAUCUCCGCCAACAACCUCGAGUGCGAUCCCUGCCAGUACCGCGAGCGUGGGGUCCGUGGCCAGCGUGCCCACAGUCCACACCGUGCCGCUCAUGACCUCCGUCAACGGACAGUGGAUGUUCAGCUUCCAGCCCGUCAUGUCUGUUGGAGCUAUCGAGAACGCGCCGUCGCCGCCGAUCCUGAAUGGUAUCUCGGAGCGCGGCGCGUCGCUGCUGGCGCUGAGCCCGGCGGGCGUGGCCCCCGCGCCCCCCGCGCCCCCCGCGCCCCCCGGCCCCGCUGCCCUGGCCGCGCCCCCCGCGCCCGCCCCCGCGCCGGCCCUGCCUACACCUGCGCCUGCCCGCCUUCCACCUGAGAACAACACACCUGGAGAGCCGCCGCGGCUGCAGCAGCGCCCGGGAGCGGUGUUGCUGAACCCGCUGGACGUGAGCACGCCCAUCGGCAGCAUGCCGCCGCCCUCCUCCGCCGGGCCCAUCACCGCCAAACUCAACCAGAACGCCGUCAAACUAACAGACUUCUUCCGCACACUACUUGAGGACUCGCUAGAGAAGCUGGACGAGCCGGCGGCGCAGCUCACGACGCUGAAGCUGCAGCUCGAGCAGGCGCGCUGGCAACACCAGCAGGAACUCGAAGAGGUCAAACAUAACCACGAAUUAACGCUAGCAGAAAUGCGUGCGUCCUUUGAAAAGGAGCGAUUACGACUAGUCAGUGAAGCGAGGCGGACGACGCAGGCGGAACUCGAGGCCGCCGUCAGAGCAGCGAAGACUAAACAAUGGUGA